AUGAUGACAAUGAACAUUAUACAUUUCGUGCCCCGCGACCUCGGCCCGAACGACCUCAUCAUCGUUCAAUUCUUUCCUUUCAACCCCCCCGUCAAGAGCGUUGGCACAGACAUGGUUAUCAUCGACGCCAACGGUGUCCUCGUCCUGGACUUUUGCUCCCAGAACCCCGCCGUCAAUACGUAUUGUACGGGUCUCCAGGCCGUCUUCCAUGUCUUCAUCGGUCUUAAGGCUGCUGACACGCCUUAG